AUCAGUUGUUCUCAGGACUCGGUCGUGGAAACUGUGUGCAGUUCGACAACAAAUGUAUCAAGAAGCAUACUGUCUCGAUGAGACGUCUGUGUUUGUCAAAUGAUCUUCUAUGACGUUCACCACGUGGCAGUGAUGAUGGUGGGACUUAGGAGGACUGUUCUUGUAGCGUUGAUAUUUGGGAGCUUCUGUGUUCAGAUAUUUGGCGAAUCGGUCACAGAACCAGAUGAGAAUGUCGAGGAGGAAAUAUCCAGCCCGUGCCAGCCUCCUCAGCUUGCUUUGAAUGGAAGCGAAAGUGAAACGGGAGAAGAGCGAAUUAGGAAAGAAUAUACGCACAUCAGAGAAGUUAAAUUUUCCGGCUCCAUUGGUCCAUUGGGGGAGCGUCGACUAUGUAAAAUUAAAUGCAUUGGCGGACAAUGGGUGGGACCUCUUUGUGUCGAUCAACACGACGACGGGAGGUUUCAUCCAUUAUUCAGAAACUGUAAAUUAGAAUACAUCAAUCCUCAUUUGGUUGUUACGUUUAGGAAUACUUCCAUCCACAGCGCUGGAUGGGUCUUUCCGCACGGAGCGAAGCUGCAACUCCGAUGUCGAGAAGUUGGCCUUUACAAACUAGUCGGAACAGCCUCGCCUAGAUGCGAAAACGGAGUGUGGUCGUCUAGGUUACCUUCUUGUGUUCCGACAACUAUGCUCACGAAUUUCACAGAUGAUUCACCUCCAACAAUUCUCAUUAGGAUCCCAUCAGGAUCAGCUUCUGUAGAACCUGCGGGAGAAUUAGCAGUGUUCCCAGGAUCAACUUUACAUCUAGAAUGCCUUUUUGCUAGACGUCUUGGAUCUCCAGACUGGACUUGGACAUCACCGCUCGGCCAAUAUCUUACAGGAUGGGCGAUCGCUUCCGAGGAACGAAACUUCAAGUAUAGACUAUCGAUUUAUUAUGCCAAAAUGCAGGAUUCCGGAACGUUCACUUGCGCCACGCCAAGAGGAAACACCAACAGCAUCACGCUCAAAGUAACAGCUGUUCACUGCGACCCUAUCACCGUCAAAGGUCCUCACCUAACAGUUAGAGUGGAGGGCACCAAAUUAGGACAUUCUGCAAUUUUUCAAUGUCCAAUAGGAUUCUACGUCAGCGGAUCAUCCAAUUUAACGUGUCAAGCAUCAGGUAAAUGGUCGGCUAUCAUACCCAGAUGUGAACCAGUCAAAUGUCCUCAACUGGAUGGUCCUGGUGAGAUUGAGGAACCUCAUUUACACCUUGAAGAACACAACAACACGUACGGAGGUAGAGCAGUGUUUGUUUGUGCCUGGGGAUACAGACUUCUUGGUCCACCGGGCUUAGAGUGUGAGAUAUCUGGAAAUUGGUCAGGACCUCUGCCGAAAUGUAUUCCGAUACAGUGUCCCCCACCAUCUAUUCCAGCCAAUGCUCACUUGAUUCAAUCAGAGUCUGCAGGAAUGGACGGAGGAAGAUAUGCUGUUGGCAGUUUGGUGCAAUUCGCCUGCAGAGGUGCACACCAGCUGGAAGGCGAAGCAAGUAUAAUCUGCACAGAAACUGGAUUUUGGUCACACCCACCUCCUUUAUGUCGACCGAGAUGCCCCUAUUUAGGGGACCCAGACAACGGUGUUGUAGCACCAAUAAAAUAUGCAUAUGAGCCAGGAGAUGAACUGCAGAUAACGUGCAAUCCUGGAUACGAAUCUCGUCUAGAAAAUCGACCCAAAUGUCUAUCGGAUGGUAGGUGGUCCUCCCCAUUACCAAACUGUACCAACUACUCACAAAUAUAAAUUGGAUAGAAUCUUCUGUAUAUAACCUAAUUUAUCAGGAACUAUUAAUAACUAGAAUUUAGUUAUAACAAAAAUAUGUAUAAUUGGAAACAAUUUUGAUAAUGUACAAAAACUGAUAACGUAAUCAAUAUGACUAAAUAUAGAUUUAAGUUACAAUCGCACACGACAGUAGAACUUUGAAUAAUGAAAAAGAUAAUCAGAAGUUAUAUAGACAUAUUUUCAACCUUGUUCGGGCUACGCUAGUAUUUAGGUAUAUUAAUUAGAUAAUAGCGAGUAUAAUCUAGUAAUUAAACUUGAUCAAGCAUCAAAAAUUCAGCCGAACAGAUUGGAUUGAAGGAUUACUAGCUACUCCUCUUAAAUACUCUGGUGGUCCGAACCAACUUUCUGCAUUACUCUGAUCUCUUCUACUAAUUCGUUGUCAUUGAAAUGUCUGACCAGUUGAACAAUAUCUCUGGAAAAAGUUUAAGCUUUAACAGGCGACUGUUGUUGACUGCUUCAAGUGAUUUCCGAAUCGUUUCUAUGGAAAACUGUCCAUUUAACAGUGAAAUCAGUGAAGUGAAUUAUACAGCGCUACUUUCGGAAGAAAGGAGAAGCUUCACCAAACCCAAGUUCGCAUCUUGAACAAAUUCUAACCAGUGGACACACCAGGAUUGCCAAACAUCUCACAAAUGGUGGAAAACGCUGGAAUAAACUACUUAAACGAUAGACGUAUUAUUCUAUGUCUAUGACUUAAACACGGAUGGAAUGGAGCUAUAGAAAACUACAUUAUUUUGAAUUGACGCGAAUAGAUGGUGCUGAUAAGAAUUCCUACUAGAAACUUCAUUCGCUUCUUUCCGGGACUGUUUCAUCAACCACAAUUUUUCGCUCUGCUGCUUUAUCACAGAUUACAGAUCUGUAAUCUUUGUGCUUUAUGGAUAACUUCGUAUAGCAUGCCCGAAAUUUUUGCCUACAGUUGCGAUUUAUUGCUCGAAUAUUGUUUUUGGUAACUUAAAUCGACAAAUUAGAAGUCUCAACAGAAUAAUUGAUUGAAUCAUUCCAUGAAUAGCUCAUCUCAUGCAAAUAAUUUAUUGAGAUGAACUUCUCAUAAAAUUAUUCUUAUUUUGUAAAUAGUAGUGUGGAACAUAUUCUAAAAAGUUAUCAGUACAAUGUGAUAGUUCUAAAUAUUUCAGUAAAAUCAUUUAACAAAACACAUUCUUGAUGCAUAUUUCAUAUUUAUGCUGUUUUAUUUUUUUCCACUUUAAUUUCUUCAACUUGAAUAAUUUGAAAUAAAAAAUUGUUAAUGAUGAUAAUUGAUAAUGUAUGGAGACUAAACCAAUGAUAUUCAGAGAAGAACUUUUAUCUGUUUUCAUAGGAGUUGAAAAUAAAUAUAUAUAACGUCGUUUGUUCAACAAUUCACAACCCAACAUAAUGAAACAUUCGAUCAAAGAAUUUGUAUUAGAAUUUAGAACAUAUACAUAUAAAUUAUGUGAAUUAGAAUGUUUAAUCAUUUCAGAUCAUAAAACGUGACAAUGUAAAUUAUUUCAAUAUAGUACUUCAUUAGGAUAGAUGAAAACAACAAGAAGUGAAUGCACUUUAAGCGCUAUGUAAAUUUCGAGAAAAAUUGAUUUAUAUUCAAUUGUAUAAUCAUAAUGAUUGUUUUGUAUAGGCUAAGUGUCUUUUGUACAUUGAUAAAUAAAUAUAAAUUUGUAAGAUUUAUAACAUUGUAGAAUGUAAAUGAUUUGUUAGAAUACAGCUCUGUCAAAAAAUUCUUUUUUAGAAUAAAAACAGGACUGUGUUAAGUAUUCAGAACUUAAGAUAUGUUUCCUUGUUCCAGAAUAUAUCAUAAAUGUACUUUGAGAACAAAUAUUUUGAUGUUGAAAAAUAAAUUAUUUAUAUUGCAAUCGA